AUGGCAUUUAGGAAUGUGACUGAGUUCAUUUUAAUAGGUCUUACACAGAACCCCAAAAUGCAUAAAAUAGUGUUUGGGGUAUUUUUGGUUCUAUACCUGCUAACACUCUCAGGUAACCUACUCACUGUAAUUACCAUUACCACCAGCCAGGCUCUGAACUCCCCCAUAUACUUCUUCCUGACCCAGCUUUUCUUGGUAGACAUAAUUUCUUCCUUUUCUUCAGCUGCUAAACUGAUUGUGGAUUCCCUUCACAAGGUGAAAAUUAUCUUCUUUAAUGGGUGUAUGGCUCCAGUCUAUGCAGAACACAUUUUUGGUGCUCUUGAGAUCAUCCUACUGAUAGUGAUGGCCUAUGACCACUAUGUGGCCAUCUGCAAGCCUCUGCACUACAUGACCAUCAUGAGUCACAGGCUGUGUAUUCUUCUGCUGGGAGUGUCCUGGACUGGAGGAUUUCUCCAUGCAACCAUUCAGAUCCUCUUCACAGUCUGGCUGUCCUUCUGUGGCCCCAAUGUCAAAGAUCACUUCAUGUGUGACUUGUAUCCUCUGUUUAAACUUGUCUGCAUGGACACUCAUAUCCUUGGUCUUUUCAUUGCUGCCAACAGUGGCUUCAUCUGCCUGUUAAACUUCCUUCUCUUGUUGGUCUCCUAUGUGAUCAUUCUGAGAUCCCUAAGGACCUUCAGCUUGGAAGCCAAGCACUAAGCCCUUUUCACCUGUGUUGCUCACAUCACAGUAGUUGUCUUAUUCUUUGUACCCUGUAUAUUUGUGUAUCUGUAUCUAGUGACCACUCUGCCCGUUGAUAAAACCAUUGCCAUCUUUUAUACUAUGGUGGCUCCAAUGUUAAAUCCCUUGAUCUACACCCUCAGAAAUGCUGAGGUAAAAAAAUGCUAUGAGGAAGCUCUGGAGAAAAAAAGUGACUUUAGAUAA